GUAUCGCUAUUCUAAGGAAUUAUCCAGAGGUUACUCAUACUCGAUGUUAUUUUCAUUAUUGUCAGGCGAUAAUGAAAAGAAUAAAGAAGUUGCGUCUUCUGAAUGCAAUAAAUGAAAGCAAUGAAAAUCGAUUGUUUUUACAAAAAUUAUUAGUACUACCUCUACUUCCUCCUGAUGAUAUUGAAUUGGCAUUUUACUGGAUUCUCAGUACUACUGCACCAGUACUAUUAUUGCAGUUUAAGAAGCUAUUGAAGUAUUUUUAUAACCAGUGGAUAAGAAGAACAAGGCCAGAUGUAUAUUCUGUUUUUCUUAGAGUUUUUAGAACAAAUAACUUCUCCGAGGCUUAUAAUAAAGUAUUGGCUCUACAGUUUGGAACUCAUCCAAAUAUUUGGGAUUUUACAGAAAAAAUUGUUCUUUUACAAGAAUUAAAGCGUAUCGAGUAUGAAUCAUUACAAAACGGCAAUCGAAUAAUGAAGCAAUUUCGAAGUCGUGAAACCUUAAAAAAUAAAAUUAUCCAUAGCGCUUGGGUUUUAUACCAAAACAACCAAUUUGGUAUUCCGCAAUUUAUUAAUUGAGUGAGCUACUUCAUCAAUGAAUUUAAAAGUGGAAGAAAUGUUGAUAGAUAGAUAGAUAGAUUUGCUUUAUUAUGCCAAGGCCUAAUGGCCGAAUGGCAAUCUUAAAAAAUAUACAGACAUAAUUAAGCGUAUAUUAUAUAUACAUACAGAAAUAGUUACAAGUAUACAACUAGAGUGGUAAAUUAACA